AUGAAUCUCUUAAUUUAUGUCCUCCUUUUAUCAAUUUGGACAAAUAGUUGUUUAAAUAGAAAUGAAAGCAAUGGCUCUGCUUCUGCAGGAUCUACACAUGCUGAAUCCAAGCAAGGCAGAAUGCAGGGAAUAAGGCAAUAUCUACUCAUUGUCCUAACUGUUAUACUCAUCAUCGGCUUUCUUAUCAGGUGUUAUUUCUUUAUUCAGUAUAUCUGUGUGGGUGAGGAAUCCCAUAGAGCCACAAUGGUCAAGCAAGAAGGCAUCACCGAGGCAUCAUCCACAUCAUCUAAAAUAUCAUUCACUGACUCCAAGUCACUGACUGCUGGUCCAGGCAAUCCAGAAAAACAAUCCGUGCUGUCUAGUAUAGAUAAAUCAUCUCGGCCCUCAAGUCGACAAAAAGCCUCUGUACCUUUAAGAGCAAAAAAGUUAGUCAGGCCCUCAAGUCAAAAAAACCCAUCCAAGUCAUCAACUCCCAAAAGAGAGUUAGGAUCACUCCCCCAGAAAAAAUUGCAUAGAACACGAAGUCCAAAAAAGGCACAUAGGCGGGCUCAUGCCCAUAAGCAUAUCAGGUCAAGUCAGGUCAGUCCAUCCUAUCCAAAGAAGGCCAUCACGUCAACUUGGCCAUCAAGUCUACAAUGUCUGGUCAAGCCAACCAAAACUUCUCCACCCUAUGCAAAGAGUCAAAGUGUCCCUGAGCAAUCAAAUGUAGUGAAACUGACCAAACUUCAGAGACGUCAUAAACUAAAAAGUCCGUCUAGUGAAGAUAGUGCAGAAAUAUUAUCUAGGCCUCAACCAGUGAAUUUUUGUCAGUGCUACAAGGAAAUAUGCCUUGUUUGCAGUGCUUCUUCUGAGCCAUUCAUCACUCAUAUUUCAGAAAGGAAUAUGAAGCAUGUUCUAGUUCCAGAUUUUUCACGUGAACUGAAGCACUGUUACAAGUCAUUUCACAAGACAGAGCCCAAGGAUAAUGCACUGUAUGGCAACAUGAAUGAUAGCCAUUUCACAUGUAACAGUGAUGAUGAAAGUGACAAGGAGGCGACUAUUAUGUGCAAUAUAAAAUGCAAGGAAGCCAUCUAUAAAACCUCCCAAAAUAAUUUAAGGCCUCAGGGGGAAAAAAAAAAAGGACCACCUAUGUAG